AUGGUCACUGCCGCAGAUACCACAUCGACCUCCGACGGCGGCGAUGAUUCAAACAUGGCGGAAAAGGUCUUCUUGAUACCUGAGGUGCUUGAGAAUAUCCUCCUCAUGCUUGACGACCGCCACGCCGAUGACGACGAGAAUUUCACCACUGCCAUCAUGGAUCUCUUCGUCGUGCAACGAGUCAACAAGACUUUCAAGGCUGCCAUAGACGGCUCCAUCAAGCUACAACGAGUUAUGCUGCUCGCUCACGACAGCCGGGAUGCUCCAGAACGUGAAUAUUGUCUUGAACUCUUCCUCAAGGGCACAUUUGGACACUACGAAUUCCAUCCCGCUAUAUCUUGUAGCAGAGAGUUCGAGUCGACAGACGAUGAACGGACAAUCUGUUUUUAUAUGAAAUACUACAUCGUCGGAGCAGGGAAGGAGGACGAAGACGAAGGCUACCUGGGCUGCGACUGUAUCGAUUCAGAUACUUACCCCGACUCGUUGCACAAUAGCAUGCGAGCGCUCACUCGAGCUGCACUAAAGCACUAUUUCUGUUACCACACUUGA